CGGAGUCUUAUUUAUAUACUGAGAAGUAGUGUAAGAAGUCGUUUCGUCCACUCCCUUUCUCUGGAGUACCAAGAAACUCUUCGUCAUCUCAUAUUCCCAUCCACCCCGCAGUUCCUCAACUAAUUCAACUUUGAAUCAUUGAUGAUAUUCCCUAUGAAUAUAUGAUUUCUCCAUCGGCGAUGGGGAGGAGAAAAGAUGAAAUGGACGCCGAAUCUGAAACCGCCCCUUCACCCUCGAUUCAUUCCUCCUCCUCAUCCGAAUUCGAGUUCGCCGUUGCAAUCACCCCCGGCGGCGCCGGGCCGUCCUCAACCUCCUCUUCCGCUUCCACUCUCUGCCCCGCCGACGAGCUCUUCUACAAGGGCCAGCUCCUCCCCCUUCACCUCUCUCCUCGCCGCUCCAUGCUCCGCACUCUGCUCCUCGCCUCCUCCUCCACCUCCUCCUCCGACAGCUUGACCACCGCAUCCCGCGACUCCACCGGCAGCUCCAACGACUCCCGCCCCUCCUUCUCCGUCGCGGACCUCCUCCUCCCCUCUUAUCGCGACUGCUCCCGUUCCUCCUCCGCCGCCGACGACGCUGAUGUCACCGCACUGCCCCACCACUCCGCCGCCAGGAAAACUCACAAGUACCUCAACUUCUCUCUCUCCAGAUUCUCCUGUGGUUUCCGCAAGGCCCGGGUUCCGGAUUCAGCCCACGCGCCCGGAUCCGUACCCGCUGGACCCUCCUCUGUAAAACGGAUGAGCAAAACCGCCAGAGAAGUUGUCGUCAAGUACCUGAAAAAAGCGAAGCCAUUAUACGAAAAACUUUCUCAAAAUACAAAGCUGCCGCCGCCGCCGCCGCAGCGGAGGACCAAAACAUCGGACGAAUUUCUGAAAGGAUCCGAUCGGAAAAAACCCGCCCCGCGUUCGUUCUCUGGGAAUUUAAGUUACUCCAGGAUGAGGAGGAGGAGGAGCGACGUUUCUAGCUGCCCUUCGUCGAUGCGGUCAUCUCCGAGCCACUCCGGCAUGAUUUGCCGCGUCAUGGUCUCGCCGCAGGUGAUGUGUAAGGCGGCGUGUUUGUCGGAAAUAUCGUCAAUUGAAGAGUUGCAGACCGCAGUGCAAGGUGCUAUCGCUCACUGUAAGAACUCAAUGAUCCGGAAUUCAUCAACUGCAAUGGAACCAUAACUGCAUUGGUUGACAUGAUGUCUGAAAAUUUUACUUCGAGUUACUGCCGCUGUAAGAAUUGUUGAAAUGUUCAUGCUGCAAUUUUGAAAUCUUUUUUUGGAUAAUAUUAUAUACUCCAUACGUUCCAUGUAAAUAAAUUUGUUUGUGUGUGUUUAGUCUCAUGUUUGUAUUUCAUUUUACGGAGAUUUACCUUAGUGGGAGCUUUGUUCUCGAAUCCAUAGCAAAGGGAGAAGACGUUUCGCCUGUUGCUCGUCGAGGGAUAGUGCGGUAGGCCCAUAAGAUAUUGUGAAACUCUUCUAACAGCCUCCCCUUUCGGCCUCAAGUUUCUUUUUUAGGCCCUCAAGUAAAGUUCGGUUGACGUUCUCUACUUGACCGUUGUCGUUCUCUACUUGACCGUUGCUCUGAGGGUAGGCAACGGACGAGAAAGUAUGUUUGAUGCCCCAUGUCUCUAGGAGAGCGCAGAAGGGGGCUGCUCAAAUUGAGUUCCGUUGUUGGAGAUGAUUUGUUGGGGGACGUCAAACCUCGUGAGGAUGUUCUUGAGGACGAAGUGGUGGCACUUGGCCUCUGUAAUGCUGGCGAGGGGCUCAGCUUCCACCCAUUUGGUGAAGUAGUCGAUGGCCACAAUGAUGUACCUGUUUUUGGAGUUAUCCCUCGACAGUGGACCUACAAGGUCAAUACCCCCUCUAGAAAGAUAGAUCUGAGCUCUAAAGCUAUUGUUCCAACUUCAUUUACAAUAUAUUAACUAAAAGUUACAGAUUAACCAUAUAAUCACAAUUUUUUUUGAUUUCCC